AUGUUUGGAGUGAAAUAUAGUUUUGGAAAGGCACAGAAAAUAGUUAAAAGUCAUAUAGACAGGAAAAGGUUCUUGCUUGUUCUAGAUGAUGUAAGAAAUGAAAAUAGUGAAUUAUGGUUUGAAUUGAAAGAGUUAUUGGCUUUAGGAGAAAAGGGAAGUAGAGUCUUGAUAACUAGCCGCUCUAAGAAGGUUGCAAAAGCUAUAGGAAACUGUCCGAUUUAUGAGUUACAAGGUCUAUCAGAAGACAGUUCCUGGGAAUUAUUCAGGAGAAUGGCAUUCAAACAAGGGGAAGAGCUAGAAGACCCUAAUCUUGUUGACAUAGGCAAAGUGAUUACCAAAAAAUGUGCUAAUAUUCCUCUCUGUAUACGUGUGAUAGGCAGUUUGUUAUAUGGCCAGGACAAAAAUAAUUGGCUAUGGUUAAAAAGUAAUGAUUUUGCAAAAAUGAGACUAGACGAAGAGAAUGGCAUUAUGUCAUCAGCUUUGAUUUUUAGCUAUAAUCAACUCAGUCCCGAAUCAAAGAGUUGUUUUAGCUUUUGCUCACCUUUCCCUAAGGAUUAUGUCAUGAAAAAGGAUGUAGUGGUUAAUUUGUGGUUGGCACAAGGUUAUCUUGUUUCAAGUCAUGAAGAUCAAAGCAUAGGAGAUGUAGGGGAAGAAUAUUUUUCUGUUCUCUUGCGUAGAUGCUUUUUCCAUGACAUUGAACGGGAUGAGUACGGUGAAGUUCAUUCAUUUAAAAUGCACGAUCUCAUACAUGACCUAGCUCAAGAGGUUGCAGGAAAGGAGUUCUUAAUGUUGACAUAUAAUACAAAUCAUUUCAGAGGGGGAAUUCGUCAUCUAUCUACAGCAAGUAGUGCAUUUUCCGAAAACUGGUUUAGUCUUAGUUAUUGUUCGAAUGUCAGAUUGCGUACGUUUUUCCAAUUGUACAGUUUUUAUAAGACGUCUGGGGAUGUGGGUGCUAUUCUUUCAAAUUGUAGACGUUUAAGGGUAUUGGAUCUGCAUGAUUUAGCCAUUGAAACUUUACCAAAUACACUAGGUAAGCUCUUACAUUUAAGGUACCUUGAUCUUUCUUGCAACAGAAACAUGGAGAUGCUUCCUACUUCGAUUACCAAGCUUCAUAAUUUACAGAUAUUGAAAUUAUGUAGAUGUGAGAAGUUAAAACAAUUGCCAGAGGACAUGAGCAAACUAGUUAAUCUUAGGAUGCUGGAUUUAGAUAGAUGUCACAGCUUGACUCACAUGCCAGCAGGGAUGGAUGAUUUGAAAUGUCUUCACACGCUGACAAAGUUUUUAGUUGGCGGCGGGGAUGUUUCGAGUCGAGUUAAAAAAGGUGAACUCAUAGACUUGAAAGCUCUAGUAAACCUCAAAGGCGGUCUUUGUAUUGAAGUGGGAGAAUUUUCUACAAAAUGUAAGCCAAAUGUUGUAGGAGGAGACUAUAUUAAAAAUGCCCAUCUGAAGGCUUUAGAAAUAAAGUGUGAAGAAUCUGAUGAUUGUUCUGUUCAUGAGACAUUGUUGGAGUGUUUGCACCCUAACCAUGAUCUCAGCAAGAUUUUAAUGGAGGGAUAUCAAGGUAUCAAAUUGCCAACUUGGGCAUCAUUAAUGGAAGCUUCUCUUCCAUGGCUUGUAAGUAUCAUGCUGACAGAUUUGAAUGAGUUGCAACAUCUCCCAUCACUAAGUGGACUUUGUCAUCUGAAAUAUCUUCAACUUCUGUAUCUGCUCAAGGUCGAGCACAUCGAGAGUGACGCAGCUUAUGCAUCUGUGUUGAUGACAACAUUCUUCCCGUCUCUUGAGAAGUUGACUCUUUUCAAGAUGCCACAGUUGAAGGGAUGGUGGAGGGGUUUAAGUUGGGUUGAGAUGGAAGCAGGUGGUGGUUGUUUGGUCAAUGACAAUGGCACUGAUGUGAUUCUCCCAUCAUUUCCUCAUCUUCGUGAAUUGAUUGUUGGGCAUUUUGCAAGAGCAUGA